AUAGAGACACACACAUACACAACACAUUCACAUCCUCAAAACAAACUACUCGUGAACACCUCCCCCCCUCUCCCUUCUCCUAACCACCCGGUCCAACUCUCACCUUUUUUAGCCUCUUCUUCUUUUCUUAACCUAACCCACCUCCCUUCCCUUCUUUCUCUCCCUUCCCACCACACCACCCCUUCCGUUUUCUCUCUCCUCCCUUCCCCUCAUGGCUUCCGAAGAGGACCAGCCUAUCUACAACGACGAUGAUUUCGACGACGAUGAUGAUGACAGUGAACCUCUCAAUGGUGGUGUUCCUGACGACGAUGUUGCCGUUGAUUCCGAUUCUUCUUCCGGCGAAGAUUCCACCAUUGCCGGAGAUUCCACCGCUGUUACUGUUGCUAUUCCUUCCUCCUCCACUGCUAUCUCCGUUGCUGUUCCGCCACCAGCGCCGAACUCUUCGAGUGCUGUGACAAUCGCACUGCCGGAUCCGAAACGACACCGGAUUGACCCGCUGUCUUCUUCUUCUCCCAUCGUGAAUCCCGAGAAGAAGCCGAUCGAUGAUUCUAGGAGGCUUUUUCAACGUCUUUGGACCGAUGAGGACGAGAUCGAGCUUCUACAGGGUUUUUUGGAUUAUACUUCGGGCCGUGGUACGACGUCGUCCGGUCACCACCAUGAUACGGCGGCGUUUUACGACCAGAUCAAGUCAAAGCUUCAAUUGGAGUUUAACAAGAAUCAGCUGGUUGAGAAAUUGAGGAGGUUGAAGAAGAAGUAUCGGAAUGUUAUCAGUAAGAUUAGCUCCGGUAAAGAAUUCACUUUUAAGAGUCCUCAUGAUCAGGCUACUUUCGAGAUUUCUAGGAAGAUUUGGAGCAAUAUUUCUCCGAGUUUUCGAGGCGUGGCUGAAUUUGAUGAUGACGAUCAAAACCCUAACCCUAACCUUACCCCUGGCUCCAAUUUCGCUUCCGCGACUCCGCCUCGGCCGCCAAACAGCAGCUUUGUUGUCAGCCAUAUCAACCUCAACAACAGUGCCACUGGCAUGGCUUCAACACCGAUGCUUCUCGAUCAAAAGGCAGGUAGCAGUGGUAGUUAUAACCACAAUAAUAAUAAUAGUAAUAAUAAUAAUGCUGUUGGUUAUGAUAUUAUGAUGUCGAAUUUGAAUAGUCCUGCUGCGAAAUUGUCUUCAAGGAAGAGGCCUAGGGUGGGCAAAGUUGAUGAAAAGUUUGGGAGGAAUGUGAAUUUGGGGGGAAUGGUUGGUGGUGAGGGUGGUAAUGUUAUUGAUAAUAGUAAUAUUAACAACAAUAAUAGUAAUAUUACUAGUAGUAGUAAUAUCAAUCUUGGUUCAACAAUGCAGGGGUUGAUAGAAGAGGCUGUGAGGAGUUGUUUAUCGCCGAUGGUUAAGGAUUUGGUGAGUAAUACGGUGAAUGGGACGGUGUUUGGAGGCAGUGUUGGUGGUAUUAAGGGAGUUGGGGCGUUGGCAUUGAACGCUGUUCCCUUGAAUUUUUCUGGGGUGAGUUCGGCGGGGAGUAGUGGUGGGGAUGUAAUGGAUGAGAAGUGGAGAAACCAGCAGAUAUUGGAGCUUGAGGUGUAUUCAAAGCGUUUGGAGUUGGUUCAAGAUCAAAUUAAGUUGUCUUUGGAGGAGCUGAGAUCAAUGGGGAGCUAAAUUUCUGUUUCCUGGAGGUGAUCGGAGUAGGUUAGUUGAUGUGGAUUUGUGAGUUUCUCUAAUUUAUUUUUCCUGUUUGAUCAAUGAUAGAAUAUCAAUUUGGCUGAUUAUAUAUGUGUAGGUAGUAACUCCGAGCUCAUAGAUUUUUCCGUUUAUUUUAUCCCCUUCUUUUUAGUUUGACAUAAAAGAGAGCUGUUGAAUAAUGUUAAUUCAAUGUGUGUAGCUCUUUGCUCAACUCAAUUUUAUGUAUAGCAAUGAUUUGAAUAGAGAAGGCGGGAUUCAUAUUGA